GGAAUUCAAGCUCGUCUAGCUGUUGCUGUUGCCGACUUCCCCUCACGAAAUCUCACACUGUCCCUUGCCCCCUUUGCGAACCUGACGGAGGGCGAGGGCGAGGGCGAGGCUUCCAACCAGACAGAGAGCAGGCCCCCCCCCACCGGCUGGUGUUGAUUUUUUUUCCCGCCGAGCUGGGUCCUCGUGUCCCCAUCCUGGCCCUUCCUGCCCUUUGCUCCUUCCGUUCCCUUCCCUUGCGAGCCUGCCUGGGUCGGGCCCUGGCCCUGGCACUUGGGCCAUGCUCCGGAGCAGGGAGGGACCCACAGCGGUGCUGAGUUGAGCCAUUCACACCGUCGGAUAAAGAAAGCUGCUCCCGCCCUUCCCCCCUUCCUCGAAUCAUCUUGCAGUCCUGAGUCUCGACCUUCUGGCCUUUCCCCCUCUCCAGUCCUGCAAGCCGUCGUCAGCCAGACAGAACCGACAGACCUCUCCUGGGCCCCAACAGAGUUCCCAACCAACCCGCCCACUUCCGCCCAAUCCAAAUCAUCCUCCGCCGCCGCCGCCGGCCAGCCAGCCAGCCAGCCAGCCAGCCAGCCAGCCAGCCAAACCCGCAGCCCCCUCCACUCUUUUUGUCGUGACUUGGGCCAAUUGCUGGCUUGUUCGCCCUGAAGCUUCGCAACACCAAUCAAUCCACGCUCUUUAUUUCCAAUCCAGUCAUAUAUGUGAAUCUCGGCCUGUUACGACGGCAUCGCAUCACAGCACACCUCUUCUCUUCGCGCGUGCAGCCGACAACUGCGCACCGACCAGCAGCAGCAGCAGCAGUCACCGACGCAUCGAUUGGCCUGCAGAUCCCUAGUUGCCCGCUAGCCCUGUCCUUGACAAAUCGGGCGAGUCGAAUCCUCGUCCAAGCACAAACGGCCCGGCACAGCCAACACAGCAGUGAGGACGCCUCGUCUUGUUUUCUCCACGUUCCGUCAGCCUCGCCAUAAAGUGCUGCUUCAAGCAAAGAUUUGCGACACCAGCCCGGUAUCCUCACCACUACCACGCUUUUAAACCUAUCAAGACCGUCAGCUUCGCACUUGACGGUCUUCAUUGGCUGCCCCCAUAGUCCCGUGAUAUCAGCGGCCUGCGGCAGCGGAUUUCAACGUCUUCAAACGCCAGUCUAUCAGAUCGGCCAGUCGUCCGUCGCCAUCUUAGCAACGCACUGUGAUCCUUGGGGUCCUACUCCGUCUCAUCCACCCUAAAGAGAAACCACGAGGGCCACUGGCUCCCCUCUAGAGUCUCGUGAGAGAAGCUGAUCCUGCAAGCCGAUUUGAAGCAUACACUUGAGUCCAAAGCACCGGAUCCUUAGGGAACGAGAUCCCCCAAGUCGUUUCGUCAGAGCUUCUUUCGCGACGGCCCGCAACCAGCCGUUGGGAUUUCUUUGACCAGUCAACGUCCCCGCAUUGCAUCUUGCUUGGGUCAGUUCGUUAAGUACCAAGUGGAUCACCAUCUCCAUUGGCAGAGAUCUCCUUGCCGUUCAAUCUCACGUGGCUUCAUCGCCCCCGGACCCAUCUCGCCCAGGGACCUUGCACCUCAGCCCGCCCCGCGUGUACAUCAGCUUGCAUGUGCCGUGGUGCAGCCAAUUGCGUAGUUCGGCUACAACCUUUGCGACUGCCAGCGCAUCCACGCAUAUCCAAUAGAUUGGGUGUGCACCAAGCCCAGGCCACGGGUAACUCAGUGACGACAAGCGACGACCAACCCAUCCUGGCGCGCAGUGCCCAAACCAACAACUGAUCCAGACUUCAUACCCGACUGUAUCACAGAGAACCUUCAACCCUUCUGUGAUAUUAUCAUCCAGUCCACCUAUCUUUGGACCUCGACGACGACUUUCACCUCCUUCGGCCGUGAUACCGUGAAUCUCUCUCUCUCUCCCCCCCCGGGCCGAGCACCAGGAAGACCAUUUGACCUGCACCCUGUACCAAGCCAGCCCCCGAACUCACACAGAGCUCCCCAAAAAGAGGCCGGCAAGCAUGAUGGAGUACGCGCAAUACCAGCACAAUCCACAGAAUUCGCAGCCACACAUCUCAACAGCCUAUCCCAGCUCGACGGGCGCUAAUAGUAUCACGUCGCCCCAGGCACAGCACAUACAGCAGUCGCCUGUACUGCCGUCGCAACAGCAGACGACACCUACCCAGAGUCACGCCAUGUACCAGCCACAGUACGGCAUGCCCCAACAUGCGGGCAUGCAAUAUGGCGUCCCCGGCAUUCAGGCCGCAGCCAUGGCCGCGACGGCUGCCGCAUCGGGAUCAGCCUACCCUUACCCCAUGUCAUCGGACGCAAACCUGCAGACGUCCCCUAGGAUGGGCAGCAUGAAGACCAAGACCGAGCCCGGCCGUGAUCCGCGGUCACCCCAGCAGAUGAACAGCAUGCCUCAGCGGAGGAUGAGCCAAGUCACGAGCCCUGGUGUGCCCAAUCCCCAGGCCAUCAUGAACCAUGCCGCCGGCCGCCCCUCGGUGGCCCCUCCAAUGCCACCUGGCCAGGCUAUGCAGCACCCCCAGUCUCCUGAGAUGCCGCAGGGCCAGGAAGAGUCGCCUCUGUAUGUCAACGCGAAGCAGUUCCACAGGAUUCUGAAACGAAGGGUGGCGAGGCAGAGGCUGGAGGAGGCCCUGCGUCUGACCAGCAAAGGUCGCAAGCCUUACUUGCACGAGUCUCGACACAAUCACGCUAUGCGCAGGCCUCGCGGCCCAGGCGGCCGUUUCCUCACGGCAGACGAGGUUGCAGAAAUAGAGAGGAAGAAGGGCGAUAUCGGUGGCGAAAAUAAUGAGAAUGACGAGGAUGCAGCAUCGAGGCUGGGGUCAAAGAGAAAAUCCGUGGGUGGUGCGGACACGCCGAACAAGAGAAGCAAGACGGACACGGAGAGCCCUGAUGAAAACGACGAGGACGAGGAUGAGGAGUGAAGAUGAGGCAGUGCGCUGCGAGGGACCGAAUCGGACUGUUCUUAUUGCAGCUCGGACGAGACGGUUCCGAUUCCAUUUGUCCACACGAUUACGACGUCAUGACCGCGAGAAAGAUUUCGAUUACCCACGUUAUCUCCUUAUGCACACACGACCUGGACGUCGGAGUUUGUUUGGCGCGGAGUUUGGCACGGCUGAUCGAUGUCUCUGCUCCGACAGAACGCACGCACGCCAGACGGACGCUCGUUCGAUACCUUCAUGUUACCCACUUCAGCCACGACCCUGCACUAAACUUGGGACCUACGGUGAGGGUCGGCCCUCCACAAGUGGCCCAAGGGAUGAAGGUGUUUGGGAUAUUACAAGGGAGGGAGGACCACAGGACUGGUUUUCAUUUUUGUCAGACCUUGUGCCACACGGUAAUUGAUGAUUUGGAUAGGGAAGAGGCGCGGAAGCAUGGUACGCUUGGGGAAGAAAAACGUGUUUACUCCGUCUCUCUGUCUCUCUCUUUCUCUCUUUGUCACGAAAAACUUGCAUCACGACACCCCUGGUAACAAAGUUGAAGGAUACCCAAUCAUGCUCUUUAUUUUUCUUGCUCUGCUAUCUGCUCCUCGUCUCAUUUCUCGGACUCCAAAUCCCGUAUCGUCACAUUGUUUUCUCCAUGUCGUGAUUGCAUCCUGUCCCAGUGGGGUCCACUUCGCUUCUUGUUUCUACUUGGACUAUCUAUGGUGAACGGAAAGACGCACGGUACUGUGUGCCAAGCAGUGACUACCAAGACGAACGAAGCCGGCCUGUGACCCUGUACGUUCGUUUGUUUCCGGAAGACGAAACUUUUGUUUCUACGGUUGUUAUUUUCCUUUCCUUAUUCUGACGCCUUCACGAAGUAAAUUCAACGAGUGACACCCCGCCUUCCAAAAGAGAGGGAAAAAAGAAAAAAAAGGAAAAGCCGAAUGCAGACAAAAGAGAGUCGAAGAGACAGAGAGGGACAGAGAGGGGGGUGGCAUUGUCAGGCCCAGGUAGCAAGCGGAGAAGGACACGGCAGCGACACCAAGCCAUCCCAAAGCAUACAUACAGAACCCAAUUUUCUUCUUCUUCUUGGGGGUUAGGUUAGGGACUUAUCUUAAGAAAUUGUCUCAAGACGGAAAUACGAUACCUAAGUUUUUUUUUU